AUGGGCACUGGCCGUAACCUUCCCUUUUACGACUGGAGUCAUGUUAUUAGCUCUCCGAACUCAGCAACCCAGGCACUUGCAGGACCAAAGGCCAACGCACGACCACGCAAGACCGACGCGGCCAUCGCGGCACCGAUGAUCUCCUAUACGGGAAUUGACAUCUCUGACGAAAUGCUUGGCGUUGCUGCCCAAAAGCUCGCAGAAACUGUGCCGGAGCUGGCUGGUGCCGACCCAAUAACUGAGAAGCAGACUGUGCCGUCUCCGGCUGAGUGGAAUGAUAUUUCCUACCACGCCGGGAGACUACGAAUGUUCCGAUCAGAUAUUCACGAACAUAUUCCUUCGCCUCCUCAGCAAUCUUGUCCGCAAGCUAAAUACGACUUCAUCUGUUCGACAUUUUCUCUGUGCAGUGUCCGCGACCCAGAACAAAUGGUUCGGGAUUUGGCCAGCAAAGUCAAGCCGAACACAGGCAAGAUCGUCCUAGUCGAGCAUGGUAGAGGAUGGUGGGGAUUUGUUAAUGGGUUACUCGAUAAGUCUGCAGCUUCUCAUUUCCAGAAAUAUGGAUGCUGGUGGAAUCGAGACAUCGCCGAGAUUGUCGAGAACGCCGCACAGUCUACACCGGGACUCCAAGUCACAAAGGUAGAUCCUCGGGACGACCCUGUGGAUUGA